UUCACGGAGCCUUUAGGCGGAGCUGCACAUCGGAACACACUGGAACUUUACACUGAGGGACUCUUAUAUACACUCAAACAUAUAAAACGCACAUUUUUGUGGACAUUACUGGAUAAUCUGAAGCUUCAUUAGUGGAAUCAUGAAGUCUCCAAAGCUGAAACCUCAAGCAAAGUUCGUCAACGAGGAGGACUUGAACGACGUGCUGUGCGAGUUCGACGCGGUGAUCGAGGACUUCACGUCGCCGGUGGAGAAGCGACACUUCAGGUACGACGAGCACCUGAAGACGGUGAAGAGGAGGAGCAGCGCCAGCGUGAGCGACAGCGGCAUCAGCGACUCAGAGAGUGCUGAGUCGCUCAACAGAAACAGCUUCAGCUUCAGUGACGAGAGGCUGAACUCCCCCACCGUGCUCUCCCCCACCGCCUCCUCACCGCCGCUGAUGUCGCCCAAACCCAAACUGGGCGACACCAAAGAGCUGGAGGACUUCAUCGCCGACCUUGACAGGACAUUAGAGAGCAUGUGACGCAGAAGCUGGCGGACAUCUUGGAGCGAAGCCAUGAGGGAGGAAGCGACGCCUGGACCCCCCUGAGCAGCUAACAUGCACCUGCCCCCUUCACCACCCAUAACGAACAAACCACCCAACAGGAUGCAGCUGGAUGGCGAAAGCAAAAUAGCUCAACGGCGGCAUCGGAGCUGUGCUGACUCCAGACCACAUGGCUCCUGGGGCUGUAUGGGCCGCAGCAAGGGUCAAAAUUAGCCUUUCAGAGCGGGAUGGAAACACUCAGCAGCCAUGACGUAAUGGACUCCUUAGAAAGGAAAAAAAAAACGCUGCGAAGUGGCGGAUCAUCACUGGAACAUUCAUCAUCCCAGACCAGCUCCCUCCUCCAACCUGCAGCUGCAAGAGUAUUUAAAACAAAAAAGGCUUUUUAUAAUAGAAAUAUAUUUGUAAUUUUAUAGAGCUCAUUAUUGUAAAUUUGUCACUCCUUUUGUUUUCUUUUUUUGGUGAAAUAUAUUUUUGUAUCAUAUGUAAAUAAUAAUUGUUUCAGAUUUUAUUUGCCUCGGUAUCGACCGACCGGACAGUCAGAUUAAGAUUUGUCGACUGGAGUAAAGUUGAUCAAAUGUGAACUUAAUCCGCUCCGAGAAAAAACUGGAAAGCAAAAUGUGUAUUUAAUACAGCUACUGCCUCCCAGAGAUGACAAUAAAGUAUGAAAUGUUGUCCUUUUAAUAA